AUGCCAUCGCAGCGCGCGACGACGACGAACAACCCGGCGCUUGAGAUGCUUGAGGUCGACCAGCUCCUGCCCGCUGAGGACUGGGUCAACGACUACGAGCGGUCGCUCUGCCCCGUGUGCACGCGCAACUUUAACACGUUUCGGCGCAAGCACCACUGCCGCAUGUGUGGCGAAGUCGUCUGCGGCAACUGCACCUUGCACAAGAACGUCUUCAUCUCGUCCGUCGGGACCAUGAACGUCCGCGUCUGUCUCUCGUGCAUCGUGACGCUUGGCAACGGCCGCACGUCGGUGCCACCGCCCAUCAUGACGUCGCUCCCGUCGUCGUCCGACGAGUCCCAGCGCCGGUGGAUGGUCAACCAGCUUCAGUCGCCAGUCACCAAGUCCCGCGACGACAGCAGCGACGGCCAGUACCAUUACCAGCAGAACGCCACGACGAUGGCGAGCCCUGCCUUGGACUACGAGCUCGACUUCAACUGGGAGCACGCGUGGCCGCGGCCGCCGAUGCCGCGCGACGAGAGCUCGCGCCUCGACGCGCUCGACUCGGUCAAGAUCCUCGACACGCAGCCGCAGAUCGUGUUUGACCGCAUCUGCGCCAUGGCGGCGGAGCGCCUGCAGUGCCCGAUGGCUGCUGUAAGCUUCAUCGACGGCAGUCGCCAGUGGUUCAAGGCCAGCGUCGGUCUCGCGCAAAAGUCGAUUCCUCGCCACGUGGCGUUCUGUGCGCACGCCAUUGUCUCCAAGGACCCGCUUGUGGCGCUGGACACGCUCCUCGACCCGCGCUUCCGGUCCAACCCGCUCGUGACGGGCGCUGCGUCCGUGCGCUUCUACGCAAGCGCGCCGAUCUGCGAGCACCGGACGGGGCAGGUUCUCGGCACGGUCUUCGUCCUCGACGUGCAGCCGCGCACGUCGUGCGACGCCACGAUCCUCGAGAAGCUCGCCAACGUCGCAAUGGAGAACCUCGUGGGCGCGCAGACGCCGGAAAUGGCGCCGCCCGUGCGCCGGAGCUCGACGAGCUCGACGGACCCGACGCGCAGCAGCGACGAUAGCCUCGACGGGCCCGCGCGCGUCUUCCCGAACGCCAAGACCGGGCUCGACGGCAAGGCGGCGACGCCGCCGCCAGCCGUCGCGGCCCAGAACGCACUCACAAUCGGGCUCAACAUGGACUUGGCCCCGCCGGCGCCGGGCAGCACGAGCGAGAGCCGCCUCGAGAACCUGCUCAUGAAUUUGCUGAGCCAAACGACGCAGACGCAGCACCAGCUCGCGACGCAGCAGAUCAACAUGUCGCAGACGCUCCACGACCACGCGCACCGCAUCGACCACCUUGCGGUGGGCCUUGCGCGCAUGGAGGUGCGCAUGGAGGUCCAGGAAGGCCACACUCGGAGCCUCCACCAUUCCCUGCGGCUGCAGUAAGAAGAGUCGAUGGCGACGAAGAAGCGUCGUAUAGUGUGUACUAGUACUUUUUAGAGCGUCCACGUAGAGAGGUCUACUAUCCUUGUGGGGUGUUGUUGUAGUAAAUAAUCAAGUGCGAUCUCCUAAA